AUGAUAAAUAAGGAUUGGGUUGAGUUGCCUCCACAUAGUGAAGGUUAUAAGGAUGGUGUUGAUAACUUUUUGGAUAUUGGAUACACCAAAGGAAUAGUUGAAGGAAUAGAGAUUUUGUGCCCUUGUGCUAUAUGUUGUAAUGAUAGUUGGAAAGAGAGAGAUGUAGUGUAUGACCAUUUACGUAGCAAAGGAUUUGUAAAGGGAUACACAGAAUGGAUUUACCAUGGUGACGAUAAAAUUCUUAUGGAUCUUGAUGGGGAUACUAAUGAUGAAACAUCAUCUGAUUCAUCAUCUGAUGAUAUUGACGGCUUGUUGUUUGAGACGUUUAAAGAUGUUGCUGAAGGUGGAGUACAUGAAGGGCUAAAUGAAGACGCAAGGAAAUUUUAUAAACUAGUUGAUGAUUCAAAUCAAGAGUUGUAUCCUGGCUGUGAAAAAUUCUCCUCAUUAUCAUUCACCAUUCGAAUGUAUUUGUUGAAAUGUCUCCAUGGAUGGAGCAAUGCAUCGUUCACUGCUCUCUUAGAGUUGUUGAAAGAGGCUAUGCCAGAAUUGAACAUCCCUGUCUCUUUCAAUAAAACAAAGUCUAUGAUAAAGGAUUUGGGCUUAGACUAUAAAAAGAUUCACGCAUGUCCCAACAAUUGCAUGUUGUUUUGGAAAGAGUACGGGGAAGAUGACUCGUGUCAUCUUUGUGGAGCAUCCAGGUGGAUUGAAUAUCCUGAAGUUGAUUGUGCUCCCGGAGAUUCUAAAAAACCUCAAAAGGUUCCUGCCAAAGUUCUAAGACAUUUUCCUCUGAUUCCAAGAUUGAAAAGACUUUUUAUGUGUUCAAAGACAGCUGACACAUUGAGGUGGCACGCAGAGGAGCGUUCAAGGGAUGGUAGGUUAAGGCACCCAGCUGAUGGCCAAGCAUGGAAAGACUUUGAUGCAACAUAUCCAGAUUUUUCUCUUGAGACUCGUAACAUCCGGCUUGGGUUGGCAAGUGAUGGGUUUAAUCCAUUUAAGACUAUAAGUCUUUCACAUAGCACAUGGCCUGUUGUACUAACAAUAUAUAAUUAUGCGCCCAAUUUGUGCUUGAAGGCAGAAAACUGUUUGAUGUCGUUACUUAUUCCUGGGCCACAUUCUCCUGGAAAUGCAAUUGAUGUGUAUAUGCAGCCACUUAUUGAGGAACUUAAGAUAUUGUGGGAUGUUGGUGUAGAAACAUAUGAUAUCUCAAAAAAUGAAUCAUUUCAGAUGCGUGCAGCUCUUUUGUGGACUGUGAAUGACUUCCCUGCAUAUGCUAUGCUAUCUGGUUGGAGUACUAAAGGGAAGUUUGCUUGCCCUGCUUGUAAUCAUAAAACUUCUUCAACUUACUUGAAACAUAGCAAGAAGAUGUGUUAUAUGGGUCAUCGAGUCUUUUUGGAUUCAAAUCAUGUAUGGAGGGCAAAUGCAGCUUCUUUUGAUGGAAAAACAGAAUAUAGGUCUCCACCCACCUUGUUGAGUUCAAAAAGGAUUUUAAAAGACUUGAAACACAUCCCCGAUGUAUUGGGGAAGGAAUAUAAGAAAAAAAGGCGUGGUCCGUGGAAGAAAAAAUCUAUCUUUUGGCAAUUGCCAUAUUGGAAUGAUAUUUCCUUGCGCCAUAAUUUAGAUGUUAUGCAUAUAGAGAAGAACAUUUGUGAUAAUAUAAUUGGUACUCUCUUAGAGAUUGAAGGGAAGAAAAAGGAUCAUGCGAAUGCUCGUUUGGACCUACAACACAUGAGGAUUAGAAAAAAUCUCCAUUUGAAGGCAACGAGUGAUGGUAAGAAAACUCAAAUCCCUAAAGCAUGUUGCUCCCUAACAAAGCAUGAGAAGUCUGUUUUUUGUGGUGUUUUAAAGAUAGCAAAACUUCCUGAUGGCCUUGCUUCUAAUAUUUCUCGAUGUGUUCAAGUUAAUGAAGGGAAAAUUUCUGGGUACAAGAGUCAUGAUGCUCAUAUUAUACUCCAUUACUUGUUGCAAGUAGCAAUAAGAGGGAUAACACCUAAUCAAGUUUCUAUACCUUUGAUUCGGCUUUGUUCCUUUUUUCGGUGUUUAUGCCAAAAGGUUAUAGAGGUGAAAACUUUGGAUAACUUGGAAGUAGAGAUUGCUGAAACACUUUGUCAAUUGGAGCGUAUCUUCCCUCCAAGUUUCUUUGACAUAAUGGUUCACUUACCAAUUCACCUUGCAAAUGAAGUCAGAUUGGGUGGACCGGUUCAAUUUCGAUGGAUGUAUUAUAUGGAAAGAUAUUUGGGUGAUUUAAAAUCUUUUGUUCGUAAUAGGAGUCGUCCGGAGGGUUCUAUUGCUGAAGCAUACUUGGUCAAAGAAUCUCUAACAUUCUGUUCAAGAUAUUUGUCUAGUGGUGUAGACACAAGGAUGAAUAGAAUGACACGAAAUAGUGAUGAUACUCCUAGCAUAGGUCAUCCGAUUGGGGGAAAGAAACUAAUUUCUCUUGAUCAGAAGUUGCAAAACCAAGCUCAUGGUUACAUUUUAUUCAAUUGUGAUGAAGUGCAAGAAUACAUUAGGUAUAAUCAUCUACUUGCUACAACCUUUCAUUAUGAUAAUGAGUUUCUUUUUCUUUUGUAUUGA